AAAGUGAAGAACCAAGCAGUAAAUGCAAGACAUAAGCGAGAAACAUUUUUAAAAAUACUAAUCUUGUGUUAUGUAUCUCUCACAUGUGCGUGACACUGCAUCUGCUACGGGUCUCUGGCAUGUUUUCAAAAUUGCAAGACCACAGACGAAGCACCUUCAGAAGAAGAUAGGUGUGGUAUAUGUUCCGUCACUGCGUGUGCGGACAACACACAAACCACAGACCACCCCACGUCUAUAGCAUGACAGUGUAUCAACAACAUCCACUGCAACAAGUACAAGCACUUCUCACAAAGCCUCUCAGCACUCAGAAUACAAAUAAUGCACUUGCAUUAGUCAUGUGUUAUGCAAAUGCAUAUGGAUCUUCAGCUCACCUGAAUAGCCCAUCCUCCAGCAGAGCGAGAAAUUCUGAAGGUAUGGACAACGAAAGACCUCCUGCACAGGUGUCUUUGCUUUCACUGGGUUUUUGAAAGUAAUGUAACGUGAAAAUGCCGGCACAAGUCCUUGAGCCAGUCGUGAGAAUGAAGGUGGAUGAACUUUUCCUAAACUGGCUGAGUGAACUAAGCACUCAGGCGAUGCUGAAAGACUACCUCAUGCGCAUCAAAAACGGGGAGUGCAUUGAUCCAGAUGGGGGUCUGAAAGAGGGAAAGGACAAGCCCUCAGUCCUCAGUGAAAACAGUAAUGUGCCGUCUAAGAAGAGCCUGGCAGAGCGGAUGCUGUUACCUGUGAGUGCCCCCUCGAGCCCUCCGUCAACAGCUCUGCCAACCGGGAACGGCCGGGCAGGGCCCAGCAGCCGCAGCUUGCGCCGUUCCAUAAGUACCAGGAGGGCGCAGGUCAAGAAAGAGGAGCCCAUUACACCAGUGCUAAGUGAAAGCAUUCCAAAGUUCUACUUCCCUCGAGGACGGCCCCCGGCCAACCUCAACAUCGACACUCUCAUUUCCAGGAUAGAGAAAAUAUUUUCUCAAUUCCCCAAUGAAAGGGUGACUAUUGAAGACAUGGGGAAGGUUGCCAAGGCCUGUGACUGUCCCCUGUACUGGAAAGCCCUGCUGUUCCUCUCCGCCGGGGGGGACCGCACCGGCUCCGUGUCCGUCCACAAGUUUGUCGCCAUGUGGAGAAAAACGCUGCAGACCUGUCAUGAUGACGCAUCCAAAUUUGUUCACAUUUUGGCCAAGCCUGGCUGUAAUUAUCUCGAACAAGAGGACUUUAUUCCGUUCCUACAGGAUGUGGUAAACUCUCACACAGGUCUCGCUUUCCUCAAGGAGGCGUCUGAAUUUCAUUCUCGUUACAUUACCACAGUGGUUCAGAGGAUAUUUUACAAUGUAAACAGAUCGUGGACAGGGAGAAUCACCUGUUCAGAACUGAGGAAAAGUAGUUUCCUUCAGAACGUGGCACUGCUGGAGGAAGUGGAAGAUGUCAACCAGUUGACAGAGUACUUCUCCUAUGAGCACUUCUACGUCAUUUACUGCAAGUUCUGGGAGCUGGACACCGACCACGACCUCUACAUCGACCAGAGAGAUCUGGCCCAACACAAUGAUCAAGCAAUCUCCCAAAAAAUGAUUGAAAGGCUAUUCUCAGGGACUGUAACUAGGGACAAGAGGGUCCUGAAGGAGGGCCUCAUGAGCUACGCAGACUUUGUAUGGUUCCUCAUUUCUGAAGAGGACAAGAGGACACCUACUAGCAUAGAGUACUGGUUCCGCUGCAUGGACCUGGAUGGCGAUGGUGUUCUGUCUAUGUACGAGCUGGAGUACUUCUAUGAGGAGCAGUGCCAGAGGCUGGAGGCAAAGGCCAUCGAGUCCCUGCCCUUUGAGGACUGCCUGUGCCAGAUGCUGGACCUUGUUAAACCUGAGGUCGAAGGAAAAAUCACUCUUCGUGACCUCAAGAAGUGCAAGAUGUCCCACAUAUUCUUUGACACAUUCUUCAACACUGAGAAGUACCUAGACCACGAGCAGAGGGAUCCGCUCUCAGUCAUCAGGGACGAGACCGAGGGCCAAGACUUGUCUGACUGGGAGAAAUAUGCUGCAGAAGAGUACGACCUCCUGGUAGCAGAGGAGACGGCCAACGAACAGUACAGAGACGGGUAUGGAAAUGCUUUCAACCAGAUGGAAGAUCACAUCUCCAGCGACGCAAGCCUGCGCACUGACAAGAGACACUUGUUUGCGAUCCCCAGCCCCCACUGCAGCCUUGACCUGGAUGAGUAUGAGUACGAGGAGGAUUUUGAGUGAUGUUUGC